AUGCUGGGACAUAUCAGUUGGAGUACGCAGCAGCCAGAGCCACUGAACUCACAGCCACCAACGACAGAUCAACAAGAACCGCAGAAUCAAACAAGUCAGAAAAUAGAACAAGAAUUUACCAAAAUGACAGAUCAACAAGAGCAGCAGUCACAGCCACAGCAGCAGCAACAGGUGCAACAACAACAACAGAUGCAACUCAAAAAUGAAGAACCAAGAACAAAUUUGAUCAUCAAUUAUCUUCCACAAAGUAUGACAGAGAAAGAUCUGUACAGCUUGUUUGUAACUAUUGGACCCGUGGAAUCUUGUCGUGUUAUGAAAGAUUAUAAAACAGGAUAUAGUUAUGGCUUUGGGUUUGUUAAUUAUGCAAAAGCUGAAGACGCAGCUACAGCUAUAAGUACAUUAAACGGACUCCAAGUCCAGAACAAAAGGUUAAAAGUGUCUUUUGCACGACCAUCUGGGGAAGAGAUUAAGGAAACUAAUCUUUAUGUAACAAAUUUGCCAAGAAAUAUAACUGAAAGUCAGAUCGAUGAUAUAUUUAGCAAAUAUGGAAAUAUCGUGCAAAAAAACAUUUUAAAAGAUAAGCUCACUGGAUUACCAAGGGGUGUAGCAUUUGUGAGAUUCGACAAGCGGGAAGAAGCACAAGAAGCGAUCGCCCGGCUACACGGCACGAUACCAGAUGGUGGAUCAGAGCCACUUAGCGUAAAAAUCGCGGAGGAACACGGGAAACAGAAAGCGGCGUACUACGCUGGAUGGCAAGCUGGUUACAAUCAGAGUCGAGGUAAGUAAUUUCGAUUUCCUCGAUAGACAAUUAGUCUUGCCCGAAUUUCUUUCGUUUUCUACCUGACAGUAGAAAUUAUCUUCUCGAUGAACAGAUUGUGGAAAUACGAAUUUCUUUAAUAAAAUUAUAACAAGUAAAACAAAUUGAUUUGUAAGUAACUGUGACACUCGAUUUUUACUGACAGGUCAGAUCUGCAUUUUGGCUUACUAUGAAUCUUACUAA